AUGCCUUUGGAAGCCGAUGCCAAGAAGGAGUUGGAGGAGGCGAUCAAAGGCGCUUCCUCGGGCACGCUCGUCCAGGGAACGCAGCGGGUCUACGGAGUGCUGCAGAAGCACGGACUGCUCCGCAGACAGGUGGUGCAGCCAGGUUUGGUGGGGUGCCAUCGGGACAACAGAGACGGUUUUGGACUUUCUGUGAAAGAUGUGUCCGAACUCAUCACCGCCAUCAAGGAGGUGGGGUUUGAUCAUGGGGCAAUCAACGCUGUAGCAGUGGAGCUUUCUCCAGAUGAUGAGCUCACCUUCCAGUUCAACGAAAAGCUCGCCCGGGACAGCGGCUACAUGUUGCCUUCCGUACCCCGGCACCAGCUGAAGUUUGCUAGCCUUGCUGGCUCGCACACAAACGCAGCCUUGAGACUCAUUGCGGCUGGUGCGGAACACACAGACGGCGAUCUUUGCGUCCGUGGCAGAUUGGCGCUGGAACAGGUGCGCCAGGUCGACGCAGAGUUCGCUAGAGCUGUCGACGAAGGCGUGUCAUGGCGGAUCAUAAGCCUCCAGGCAAUGGAGGCUUUCCCUGAACUUGGACCCCUCAUCCAGGCUGCGGCAAAUUCCAGCGGGCAGCUGGCAAGGGGUGAGCAUGAACUGCAAAUCAUGCACCGGAUGGCCAACACGAUUGAUGCCCGUCAGGCUGCAGGCCAAUCAGUUGAUUGGGCCACUCUCAAAACCCAGCUCCUUCGGUCAAGGCCAGCUUGCUCGACUGCAACCCCGUGGAUGUUUCGCUUCGUCCUCAGGUACUGUGCAGGUGCCCCCGGCAUGCUCCAGAGGUCAGAGUCCUUUAUUAAGGCUCACGCGGUGUCAGGCAGGCAGCUUGGAGCCGACUUUUUCGAGAACUUGUCGCUUGACACAAAGCCGCCGACGGCCAACCAGUGCCUCAUGUUCCGUCACGCUCUCCUUCGCCUAGCCUACUCGGUACCAGUGGAGAAGUUUGUGACCGCGGCAGACGCCAAGAAGAUGCACAACAGGGAUGUCAAGGCUAAGGUGGACAUGGCCAAUUCCUUCAUGCAGAAAGCCAGCCAGCUGCCACAGAGCAGCCAAGUUCCCAGCGACCCGGCCAUCAGCUCCUGCUUUCUGGCUUGCGAGCAUGAGCUUGUGCUGAUUGCGUUGGACAAGAGGCAUCGCGACAUCAAUUGCCCCAGCACAAUGGAGGCAGCCAUGUGCAAGUUGUGCGAUUUGGUGGAAAAGGCCAGUGGAAUCCGCAUGACCACGGAAUGGGACAAGUUCAAGGAGGCCGCGGCCCAGGCAUCUGCAACUGCAGUGUCGUCUGUGGCAUCCACACAGUUGCGGGAAUUCAGCUCCGAUGGCACCUUGAAGCAGCAAGCCAGCUUGCUGCGAGAGGAAGGCUUCGUGGAAGGGCAGUACCUUCAGCGAAAGACGGACAAGAUCGUGGCGAGGAUAGUGGCCAUGGAGGGCGAGAAGGUUACGCUCGCCAUCGAAGAUGGAAUGAUAUCCGGCAAAGCUCAAGUGAGCGUGUCAGCAUUGCUUAGCAAGCAAUGGAAAAAGAUCCAGCCACCGCAAGAGGCGGAGGAACUCACUGAAUUCCGCCAGCAGACCGCCAAGCAUUCGCCAGAGGUGAGACUCACGCUGGCGAAAGCGGACAUCUUGAAGAAGCUGGUGGGUCUUGAAGAGAAGCACUGUGCUGUGUACAAGGCCCUGAAGGUGAUGUUUAAGCCGCAAAAGGCGGUCAUAGCCACGCACGCAUUUGAAGCCGGCUGGUUGGUGUUGGUCCCAGUGUCCAUGAAGAUUGAUGCCAAACCCAUCGAACAGGAUGGGGGCCAAAGCGCAGUGUGCUUGGGGCGCGUGAAGGGUAGUGAUGUGUUUUGGCUGCAGCCCUGCUUUAUCCCAGACAAGGGGGACGGGCGUGCGUUUGUGGCGCCCUUUUGGUUUGUGCGCUCCACCAACGAGCAGUCAGAAGCCAAUUGCGCUCUGACAGACGAGGUAGAGCGCGACUUUAAGAACACAAACAUCAAGGUGCCAUUGUUGAAAAGCACUCGUCGCAUUGAGGCUGGGGAGCAGCUUCGCUGCUAUGUCCCCAAGCAAGCCAAGCGAGUGGAAGUUGAAGAGCUGAUCGCACUUCAUGAUCCCGAGCCUCCUGCCAAGCGCCGAAGGCACAAGCAGGCUGAGUAA